AUGGAUGUAGGUUUGGAAGAAGACUUUGGGCUUGAAAGGAUUGUAGUGGCUGUUCAUCAAGAAGAGAUUGAUCAAGAAAGGAAGAGAGCAAAGAAACCAGCCAAAAAUAUGAGGAAAAGGAGUUUUUACAAAGGAGAGAGGUUCUUUGGAAACCAGAAGCAGAAUAUUCAUAAGUCAAAUACAUCUGGGGAGAAAAUAACCAUAUCUCCUUCAGGCGAAAGGUGUAAUACCAGCCUUGGAUUAGGCUCAGAGUAUAAAGGAAGGCUAAAUAACUUAGUAGCAGAUAAGACUAAAGUGUUAUCAUCUAUUGGAGGUUAUUCAUCUUACCAUUGAGAAUCAAUCUCAGGGUUUGAAUCCACCUUUGGAGAUACUACUUCUUCUCCAACUUUGAUUAAAGCUUUUAAUGAUGGCUCAAAAGAAAAAGCACUAAACUUAGCCAUGAAAGAUAGAGAACAAGCCCUUGAGAUUGCGAGACUUACAGAAAUGAAUAAUUUCAAAGAUGAUUUAUUAAGAUGCUUCUCAAGAAAACUUAGAAACCUCAAAGCUGAGAACCUUGAGUAUAAGAAGCAGGCAGAGAAGGAUAGGUAUCAAUUAGAAAUGUACCAAAUUGAAUCAAAGGAGUAUCAGCAAGCGAACAUCUCUCUCAGUACCAAACUCCUACAAUCUGUAAAGUUCUUGGCCAAAACAACUGAGAUUAAUGAAAAAGAUCAUGAACAGAGUAUUCUCCAAGAAACUUUAAACAAGAAUGUAGAACUCAAUAACAGGCUAUCACAGAUAGAUCAGGAGAACCAAACACUGAGGAAAUUCUUGAAUCUCCAAGUAGAGAAUAACUCGUUCAAAUCGUUCGCACAAGAGAUUCAAAAGUUUGAGGAAGAGGCUCAAAACAUAAAAGGACUUUCUCCAAGUAGGAAUCAAGAAACUCACGAAAAAGGCACUAGCAAUGUCCUCAAGAGUAGCAUUAGAGAUAAAUUCAGAAGAGGCAGAAGGAAGAGAACAGAAAGUUUUCAUUAUAGCGAAUUUGGAGAAAGCUCUGUCGAUGAUGAAGAGUCCAAGGACACUACUCUUAACAAGUUAAGAAGAAAAUCAAUGAGAGUUCAAGAAUUUUCAUCAGGAUAUUCCAUGCAAGCUAUUGAAAAUCUUCAGAAACAAACUGAAGAGAAAUCUGAUGAUAGCUCUUCAAGUAGCUUUAGUAGUUCCUCAAGCUCUUCAGAAAAUAGCCAAGAAGAAGAAAAGAGGAUGGUAGUUGAAGUUAAGCAAGAGGUUCAGGACAAGGACACAAAUGAGGAAAAAUUAAGUGACAAGAGAGCAAAGCUAAGUCAACAAAAUAGGUUAAGAAUUCAAUCAGCUCAUCAAAUGCAUACCAUUGUUGGAUUUUCUCCGCUUACCAAAAAGAAGAUGCCAACUAAACAAAUCAGUGAAGACUCCUUUGCAUUUGGACUUAAGAAAGGAGGAGGAUACAAGAUGUCUAUAAAAUCUCUAAAUGAGGAUAACAAAGAGAAUGAAGAAAGUAAUGAAGAGAAGAAAGAUGAACACACUUCAACUGUAAGGAAUAGAAUAAGCGAUUUGGAGAAUGAUGAUGAAUAUUCCUCUUGUUUUAAGAAAUCAUCAACCUCCAAAUCGGAUACAAUGGUUAAAAGAGGGAGGCGCGUCCAGAGCAUGGCUCAUGAUACAGAAGAUCCCGAAUAUCAGGAGCUCUCUGAUUCUAAAUUCAAUAUGCCUGCAAAAAUAAGAUACUCUAUUCAUAGUAUCAUUGAGGAAGAGAAGUCGAAGUCGUCUAGUUCAACUUCCUCAGUCAAAAGUAGUGACGAUUUGACAUAUUAUUUCAAUACAACUCCUAAUAUGCAUAAGAGAAAGAGAUCUUCUUUUGUGACAAAGAAAUCAUCGAUGUCUCAGACCCAAGAAUCGGAAAGUAGUGGGAAUAAGUCAAUGAAAUUAAAACGUCUCACUCUUUUCAAGACGAAGAAGUAUACUGAUUCACAUUUGAAUUUUCUUGAAGAUACUCAAGAGAAAAUAAUUCCUGUAAAGAAGAAAGUGAGGAGGAAUUCGAUGGCUAUCAUUCUGAGCAACCUCUAACAGCGAUCACUUGCCAUAAUUCCAGACCGAGUAAGAAAUCUUGAGCUGGUAAAGCACAUCAGUACUUUACCACUGAAACUUUUUCAUCAAUAUUCU